AGACUCUCUCAGUCACGAUCAAUCCCUCGAUUCUCUCUUCCCUUACUCACGUGUUACAGUCUCUCUUCAUUGUCUCUCUCACUCACGCGAAAACCCUCUAUCCUCUCUUCUCUCUUCCCUUGCGAAUCUCUUCCCAAGAUUCUUUCUUCACUGAUUGUUCAAUUCGAUUGAGCGAGCUCAGAGAAGACGAUAUUUCAGCCGCCCACCCCCAGUCACCGGAGGACAUCAUCAGAGACUCUGCGGUACAGUUCUCUCUCCCUCUGCGCCGAUUCUCUCUAGUGUGGAUUUGAAUUGGGUUUUAAUGAGGACUCCAUUGUGCUUGAUAUGUUAGUGACACAAGGGGAGCCAAGAUCAUUCAGGGACAAUAUUGGGGUGAUAGGACUCACCGGAGAAUCACUUGAGAAAUCGAAUUCUAUAUCAGGAGAUCAAGGAGACGCAAUAGACGUGGCAAACGCUUAGCUUUGUUAUGCAUUGAUAUCGAGGCCCCUCAGCAGAGACCGUUCAUCACGGGAUCAACAGGUAGCCCUUUACGCAGUCCGGCUCGUAAUGUGCCCAUACCAGCGAGAUGAGCUUUGGCUCCGAUACCAUUUGUGAUGGACCUAACUAUACUCUAGAAAGCCAAGUUACUACUGAUAGGGUUGCAAACUCCAUAGCCGGAGAAUGAGGCCAUCGAUCGUGCUAUUCGGAGACUCAAUCACCGGACAUUCAUUCGAACCAGGCGGAUGGGGCGCUGCUCUUACUAAUACUUUCUCUCGCAAGGCUGAUGUGAUUGUUCGUGGCUACGGUGGAUAUAACACUAGAUGGGCUUUGUUUCUAUUGCAGCACAUCUUUCUUCUUGACUCUACAAAUCCUCCUAUUGCAACUACAAUAUUCUUCGGAGCUAAUGAUGCAGCUCUUUUGGGAAGAAACAGUGAGCGGCAGCAUGUUCCUAUCGAAGAGUACAAGGACAAUCUCCUAAAGAUGGUUGAGCACUUGAAGAAAUGCGCACCGGCGAUGCUAAUUGUGUUAGUUACUCCACCACCUGUAGAUGAGGAUGGGCGCAAGGAUCAUGCCAGAUCCUCAUAUGGUGACAAAGCUGCAAAACUGCCUGAGAGGACAAAUGAAGCUACUGCAGUUUAUGCGAGCAAUUGUGUUGAGUUAGCUCAGGAACUAGGUCUCCCCAGCAUCAAUCUAUGGUCCAAAAUGCAGGAAACAGAAGGUUGGGGCAAAAAAUAUUUAAGUGAUGGGCUACACCUCACACCUGAAGGCAAUGCGGUGGUUCACCAAGAAGUUGUAAGAGUAUUGAGUGAAGCAGGAAUUUCUGCUGAAGUAAUGCCAUUUGAUUUCCCUCACCAUUCAGAAAUCGAUGCAAAGAACCCCGAGAAAGCAUUCCAACACCUUUGCUUAUAGACUACAGUAGCAUUAUGGAGAAAGUACGUUUCAUUUCCAUUCAGACAAAAUUCGCGACAUUUUUGCUGUGGCUGCCUGAAACUAUCUAGGUUAUUGGAUUAUCUAAAGUUGGUGUCUUCAAAUACCAUGGCAAAAUACAUGUUUGUUGGUCGUCGGGUCGUUAGCUGGUUGAUUAAUGUAUCAUCACUGCCUAAAUUCAAUGUUCAUAUGUCCUAUUGAGUAUUGAAAGAAUUCUGUAGACCAUUCUUGUAGGAGUGAUUGUGGAGGCCAAUACACUUCAGGCCCUGGCUUGUGCUUCAAGUGAGCGAGUCAAAAUUUUGGAUCUUGAAAAACUAUGUUUUUAUUGAGAUAAGCGGCAAGGCAAUGGUGAAAAGGUAUCACUCGAAGAGUGUGUUUGAAUUGA